GGGCAGGGGAGGGCCCCGGGCUGGGCUGGGUAGGUUCGAGUGCUAUCAUACUGCAGUAGGACCGAUCCGCGCGGGGGGGGGGUCUAAUACAUGGUGAGCCGCCGCAAUGAGUACCGUCCUGUCCCUACAUAUCCUGCGUGAGCUUUUGGUCGCGGCGGCGUCGACAGGCAGGCAGGCGAGGCGAGUCCGUGAGCGUUGCCUGGCCGGUUCACUCACCUGGUUGUUUUGUAUAUACACAGCUGCUGCUUCCUCACCUCGUCACCUUGAGCCCUCACUCGCAGUGUGCGUCGUGCAACGGCGCGCCACUUGGGAGCGGGGCAAGGUGCUGAGGAUUUGAAAAAACAGUGUAUUCGGUACAUGCAUAUUAUACUCCGUAUAUCUAUGUAGAUGGGAAUGGAUGGAUAUAGCAACAGGAUUAAACGAAAGUGGUAUCAUUUCCAGCGUGCACCCACACACAUACA